AUGCCAUCAAAAUUUAGCUCUUCAAGUACAUCAACAAGCGAUCUUUACCAACGAAAUACGACCUGUUCAGACUCUUCCUCUCAAACAGUAUCAAAAGAUAACAUUGACGAAGGUGAUGAUGAUUAUGCAGACUAUGAACAAACACAUCUGCAGAAACCUUCGGUAAUCAUUCCGGAAAAUCCUUCUAAAAAGUCCGACCAGGCAACACUUUGUCGAACGAAUCGUUAUUCCGUUGGGUGCUGGACGAAACCAGCCUAUUUACUCCCGAAUUGA